CUUCAAGAUUCCUAAAUUUCGUAAAGAACCCCUGUUUCCUAAAAGAGGCGGAUUCAAAUCCCGUCUUACCUGCGAAGGCUUCCGCGCGGCCACGCCGCAAUUUAAUACGACCUAUAUCAGACCCACGAUUUCUGAAAGAAGGUUGUUUCUGUAUCGAAACACCCCUAGUCCGGGUUAGGGCCGCUGCGGAUGUAUGUCGAAAUCUGACCAACGCCUUCAAGAUGAGGGCUCCCGGCUUCAAGUCGUCACCGCUGGGGCCACCGCAGGCCUGAUGUCCCGCUUCGUGGUCGCGCCUCUCGACGUCGUCAAGAUCCGGCUACAACUACAAUCCCACUCGCUCUCGGACCCGCUGUCCCAAGUCGACCUGCGUGGCUCACCCAUAUACAAAGGCACGAUCGGGACCUUUCGCCAUAUUGUGGCCAACGAGGGUGUCACCGCGCUAUGGAAGGGCAACGUUCCCGCCGAGCUGAUGUACGUCGCGUACGCGUCGAUCCAGUUCACGACGUACCGAUCCAUGACCCUGCUCUUGCAGCGUGUCUUCGCAAAAGACGGAGAUAGAUAUGAACAUAAAUUCAGGGGUAAAGACGAUAGUAGCCAAAGUAGACUCCCCAAGUCCGUCGAGUCGUUCAUUAGUGGAGCGUCCGCCGGCGCCACGGCCACAGCGGCUACGUACCCGCUGGACCUGCUGCGUACGCGGUUCGCCGCCCAGGGCAACGAGCGGGUGUACGAUAACCUGCGGCACGCCGUCGCCGACAUAAACCGGGACGAAGGGAUCCGGGGUUUCUUCCGCGGGCUCAGCCCGGCGCUGGCGCAGAUUGUGCCGUUCAUGGGGCUCUUCUUCGCCGUGUACGAGGGUGCGCGAUUACCCCUCGGGAAGAUGGAAUUGCCCUGGGGCUCGGGUGACGCGGCGGCCGGCAUCGUGGCGAGUGUCGUCGCGAAGACCGGCGUGUUCCCGUUGGAUCUCGUGCGCAAGCGUAUACAGGUCCAGGGCCCGACGCGGAGCCGCUAUGUUCAUAAGAACAUCCCCGAGUACAGGGGCACGGUGAGCACGGUACGCCAGGUAUUGCAACGAGAAGGAGUUAGGGGUCUGUACAGAGGAUUAACGGUGAGCUUGAUAAAGGCGGCUCCCGCAAGUGCGGUUACGAUGUGGACUUAUGAGCGGGUGUUGAAUAUGCUUAUCAGUCGGGGCGAAAAGAUCGAGGCGGUGCAAUGAGCAAUGAGGACGGCGUUGGCAUAUACAUAUAUAUCCUUAUACAUAUAGACGCUGCUGCGUGCAUUUUGUAUAGCAUGCGUUGGCUUUGGCUUUGGCUUUAUCAGCUACAGGCUAUGGAUGGAAUGGCGUAAAACGUUGAAUUAGACAACUUGAAAAUAAGCACCUGUUUUCGAUUUGUGUUUAACUCA